CGUAUCCUAAUCCAACAUCACAACAGGUCACCAUGAUAUCAAUAGCAAGCAGGAUGCGAAGUGCUACACGGACGCUCCUCGCCGCCGUUGCGGUGCUGUGCACCCUGUUCACUGGCCUGUCGCUCCUGGCCACACUCAUGGCCGGCACCCUCCAGAUGGAUGGCGACUAUCCCGACGGCGUCGGCUACUUGGUCUUCCCUUCUCUCGCACCGGUGCACUUCUACGGGAUCCUGCCCUCCCCAGAAGAAAGUGACAGCGGCACUGUCAUUGACGACAGCAACAACAUCAACAACAACAAUGACUCAGGCGAGCCGACUUCCCCGUCAGCAGUUUCCGCGCCAGCCACAACGACGGCAUACUACCAAAUCAAAAUCUCCUUCUUCCUCAACAGCCUCGCCUUCUCCUGGCCCGCCUCCCCGCGCUGGUCCCCCUCCACGGGGAUAAUCCGCAACAUCGACGGCCUUUGGUCCGCCGCCUACGCCCACUUCCCCUCGGACCUGGCACUCGUCGCGCGGCGCAUGGGCCUACCAGAGGACGACUACGCGUGCCUCCUGGCCCCAGAAACUAGGGCAGGCAUCUGGGGAUGGAGCAGCAUCUGGAGCAGCAGCAGGAGGUCCCUACCGCCCAGGAGCAGAAUGCCCUGCACGAACGAUUUUCUGCUUGCGUGGUGGCGGCACGCGAACACGUACACCACCAGCACGGGCCAGCUGGUGCCCAGGCGCACUGUCAACAGCAAGAGGUUUAACAACUUGUUCCCCCUGUUGGCGUACUAUGCCGCGGGGAUGGUGUUGGUAGCUGUCGUCGUGACGCAGGUGUACAUGCUCUCUUACGCACCAGGGGACUUGGCCAACACGACGAAGAAGAAGAAAAAGAACAACAACAGCAGCAAAGAAACCGCCACGGAGGAAAGAAAGGCGGAUGAGUGUCCCGACGGGAGGCAGCGGAUACAGGCAGAGUCAGAGAUGGGUCCCGGAGCCAGAAGCCGCAGGCGGCUGAGUGGCCUGGCGGUGCUGGGUGGGGUCUACGGCUUUGCGGUGCUGGUCUUGGGGGUGCAGGCAUGGAGGGUCAAGAGGCUUGUUGAUGGGGUCGAGAGUGAUGCAGCGGCGGUUCCUGAUUGUGCAGGCGGGAUGAGGGCUGGGUUUCUGGGAGGAGGCAUGCACGCGGAGAUUGGUGAGGGGUUUGUGGUGCUGAGUCUGUGGACGUUGUUGGCGAUAUGCGUCGCUUGGGUGUCCCUAUGGGCAAGGGAGAAGUUGAGAGUAAAGCCCGACGAUCAUCAGGGCUACAUGCUCAUUCCUAGACAGGAUGGCGAUAUGGUGGGAAAAUUGGAUGGUGAGGGUGAUGAGUCUGGGUGCGAAGAAGAAAGAGAGGCCAAGGAGACGGAGGAGGAGGGAUCGCUGUGACGGAGGCACGGGAACGCCAGAGGAGACGGGCACGCACCAACCCGGGUGGCAAAGCUACUGCCUCGCAUUUACUGAAGCUUGACGUACAUGGCUUUCAAACAUGCUUUAGAAGCCUUUGAAGAAGACCAGGAGGACUAUGAUCGUGUUUCCAACAUGGGAAAAGGUCUUUCGGGGAGAAAUAGCGUUUGCUGCGGGCCGCGCCUCUGGGAACAUGCAUAUGAACCAACCUGCAGCACCGUGAUAGUUCUUUUCCACAUACGGGUAGUCAGGAAGGUUUGAGUGCUUGCAAAAUCUUCAAUAUCCAC